CGGUGACAGCUGUUUGAAGAGCGGUAGCACGACGCAUGCGUCAAGCCUAGACUCCGGCGAAGGAAAUGAGCCCAAAAUAACCUCAGCAAAUUCUCCUUCACUCCUCAGUAUAUUGUAGUAGUCUACUAGUACUACUAGACCACGAUAAUAAGUAUCUGGACGGAGUUAACCUAAGAGACUGUUUCUCUCUAGCUGGAGAGACUGUCAGACUGGCGACUAUGUUGAUAGCGGUGGGCGGCGACCCGAGCAGCCGGCCGAGCGCCGGUGGCCAGGGGAAGAAAAACCGAAGAAAGGGCAAGAAGAACCGGCGGGCCCUCGGGGAGCCGGACGGGGUGGACGGCAGGUGUCGGAUGGCCUCUACUGAUGAGCUCAGUCAGAUCCUCAGGGACGCGUCCCCAAGCUCGUACACACUGCCAGCCCUCCUGAGCUCUACUCUGGACACACCUGCCUGUCCACCUGGUCCUCCUACCUGCCACAACACCACAGGCCCGGGUAUUACCCAGGAUCCCCCCCCGCAAUCACCUCCAUCCUCCCACCAAAGACUAAUUCAAUCACCUCCAUAUAAUACUCCUUCCGACCAGAAUCACCUCCGCCCGGACCCACCUCUACCUCCAGGCCCUCCUCCGUCCUCAGGCCCUCCUCCGUCCUCGGGCCCUCCUCCACCUCCAGGCCCUCCUCCAUCGUCAGGCCCUCCUCCAUCCCCAGGCCCUCCUCCGUCCUCAGGCCCUCCUCCAUCCCCAGGCCCUCCUCCAUCCCUCUGGCCUCCUCCACCCCCAGGCCCUCCUCCAUCCCUAGACCCUCCUCCGUCCUCAGGCCCUCCUCCACCCCCAGGCCCUCCUCCAUCCCCAGGCCCUCCUCCGUCCUCAGGCCCUCCUCCAUCCCUCUGGCCUCCUCCACCCCCAGGCCCUCCUCCACCCCCAGGCCCUCCUCCAUCGUCCUUCGUUCCUCCUUCCCCUGCGUCUCUGGUCCCUGCCUCUGCGACGCUUACUAGCCAACCAGCCACCCUGUCAUCAUCUAACCGCAAUCAGACCACGCCCAAUCAGACUCUGAGCCCGCCUCCUCCGGAUUUUAACCUGCCACCUCCUGGUUUGACUCCGCCUCCACUUGAGCUGCUGGGGUCUGACGACGAAGAGCAAGAGGACUCUUCUGACUACUGUAAAGGGGGCUACUACCCAGUGCAGAUCGGGGAUCUGUUCAACGCUCGCUACCACGUGGUCCGGAAGCUGGGCUGGGGACACUUCUCCACCGUCUGGCUCUGCUGGGACCUACAAAAGAAGAGGUUUGUUGCACUAAAAGUUGUCAAAAGUGCGCUGCACUACACAGAGACGGCACUGGAUGAGAUUAAACUACUUCGAUGUGUGAGGGACAGCGACCCUACUGACGGCUACAGAGAGACCAUGGUCCAGCUGAUCGAUGACUUCAAGAUCUCCGGAGUCAACGGCGUUCAUGUGUGUAUGGUGAUGGAGGUUCUCGGUCACCAGUUGUUGAAGUGGAUCAUUAAGUCCAACUACAUGGGGCUACCUCUGGUCUGUGUUAAAUCCAUCAUCAGACAGGUCCUGCAGGGUCUCCACUACCUCCACACCAAGUGUAAGAUCAUCCACACGGACAUCAAGCCGGAGAACAUCCUGCUGGACGUGGACGAGCUGUACAUCCGGAGGCUGGCGGCCGAGGCCACCGUGUGGCAGAGGGCCGGGGCCCCACCCCCCUCCGGCUCCUCAGUCAGUACGGCCCCAAGGGAUGCUCAGGGUAAGAUUUCCAAAAACAAAAAGAAGAAGAUCAAGAGAAAAGCCAGACGACAGCAGAGACUCUUGGACGAGAGAGUAGUCGACCUCCAGAGAAUGGAAGAUAGAAGCACCGAUCCGUCUCACACUGAUGACAUCAGCGGCUGCCAGGAGGCGGGUCCACUGCCUUCCUUGGUUGUCAAUGGCAACACUUCCUGGUCCACCACCGAUAAGAACGCCAGUCCGGGAUCUGGCUCCUCCUGGUUGGACGAAAGCUGUAAUGGGCGGUUCUCCAGUCCAGCCUCUGGCCUAUCAGGGAUGUCCGACUCUGUGAUUUCAGCAACGUCUGAGUCAGCACUUUCCUCCUUAUCAGGAUACUCAAGUGGACGAGACGUGUUCAGUGCAGCAGACUUCCUGGUCAGUCCGUUGGAUCCCAGGAACGCAGACAAACUUCGUGUCAAAAUUGCUGAUCUGGGCAAUGCAUGCUGGGAGUACAAACAUUUCACGGAGGACAUCCAGACCCGGCAGUACCGAGCUCUGGAGGUUCUGAUCGGAGCGGAGUACGGAACCGCAGCCGACAUCUGGAGCACCGCCUGUAUGGCGUUUGAGCUGGCCACUGGAGACUACCUGUUUGAACCGCACUCAGGAGAAGACUACACCAGAGACGAAGACCACAUCGCCCACAUCAUGGAGCUGCUGGGGCCGAUCCCUGUCCCCUUCGCCCUGUCCGGACGAUACUCCAGAGAAUACUUUGAUAGAAGAGGUGAGCUGCGCCACAUCGCCAGCCUGAAGCCCUGGGCGUUGUUCGAGGUCCUGCUGGAGAAGUACGAGUGGCCCCUGGAGCGAGCCGCCCAGUUCAGUGACUUCCUGCUCGUCAUGCUACAGCCAGACCCCCAGACCCGGGCCAGCGCCGCCCAGUGCCUGGAGCACCCCUGGCUCAACACAUAGACCCUGACCAACCCUCCCCUGGCUCAACACAUAGACCUCAACACCUAACCCUUGGCUCAACACAUAGACCUCAACACCUAUCCCCUGGCUCAACACAUAGACCCUGACCAACCCUCCCCUGGCUCAACACAUAGACCUCAACACCUAUCCCCUGGCUCAACACAUAGACCGGAACACCUAAACCCUGGCUCAACACAUAGACCGGAACACCUAACCCCUGGCUCAACACAUAGACCCUGACCAACCCUCCCCUGGCUCAGCCCAUAGACCGGAACACCUAUCCCCUGGCUCAGCCCAGAGACCCUGAACACCUAACCCCUGGAUUAAUACAUAGACCCUGAACACUUAACCCCUGGCUAAAUACAUAGACGCUGAACCCCUAACCCCCUGAUUUUUACAUAGACCCUAAACACCUAACCCCUGGAUUAAUACAGACCCUGAACACCUAACCCCUGGAUUAAUACCUAGACCCUGAACACAUAACUUCUGACUUGUUACAUAGACACUGAACACAUAACUCCUGGCUCAGUACAUAGACCCUGAACACCCCUGGAUUAAUGCAUAGGACCCCCCCCCCCCCCUCGCAAUACUUUUAACACCUGACCCCAACAAUUAAUCCCUGAGCUCUGUCACUGGAGUCAUGGAUGAAGACUGAGUGGUAGACAGGUGUAUAGAGCAGGUCUGAGCUAGUCUGUAUAGAGCAGGUCUAAGCUGGUCUAGGGUAGGAGGGGUAUAGAGCAGGUCUGAGCUGGUCUAGGGUAGGAGGGGUAUAGAGCAGGUCUGAGCUAGUCUGUAUAGAGCAGGUCUAAGCUGGUCUAGGGUAGGAGGGGUAUAGAGCAGGUCUGAGCUGGUGUGUAUAGAGCAGGUCUGAGCUGGUCUGGGGUAGAAAGGGUCUGGAUCGAGCAGGUCUGAGAUGGUCUAGGGUAGGAGGGGUAUAGAGCAGGUCUGAGCUGGUCUAGGGAAGGAGGGGUCUGUAUAGAGCAGGUCUGAGCUGAACUAGGGAAGGAGGGGUCUGUGUAGAGCAGGUCUGAGCUGAACUAGGGAAGGAGGGGUCUGUGUAGAGCAGGUCUGAGCUGGUGUUAAGGGAGAGGUGUAGGUCUACUGAAGUGGUGAAGAGAAAAGUCACCCAGCUCAAACUCCCUCCUCCCUGCGGCGCUAAAGUCGAAGGUCUCCACAAGCUAUUCCACCGGAGGAGAUUCAGGAUGUAUCCUUUGUGGGAACAGACGGCUGACCAACAGAGCUCGGCUUCAGAAAACACACAACAGUUUUGUAUUGAUAGUGUUCAUUAUAUUUAUAUUUAUAUUCAACAUGGAGGCCGAUAGGUUAGAGCAAUACCUGGCUGUCAACUAUUGCCUGUGUUUUGUAUUGAUAGUGUUCAUUACAUUUAUAUUUGACAUGGACUGCCGCUGUUGGAAUGAUUCUUGGCUGUAAACUCUCAUUAGCCAUCAGUGAAGUAGCACCAGUAGGUCCCUCCUACUGGCACGUUGGGAUUAUGAGUGUUAGCUGGGUUAGCUCGUCCUCAUGGUCACAUGUAUAAGAUGCUGUAUCCCAGGGUCACUCCUCCACAUGUUAGGGUCUCUAUUGUGUUCUGGAUUCUGUAAACAGUGCCUUGUGUCCCGUGGAGUCAGGAUGGAAGCUGCAUCUUUUCUAAACGCGUGUACCAUAACGAUGAAUCACUUGUGAUGAACUUGUGACAUGUUUCAUUUGUGCAAAUAAAGUAUUUAAGAACGACGGUUA